UAUACUUCCGCGUGCAAUGCGUGUUCGUGUGUAGGUUGAAUGGAUGAAACGGAGGGAGCGGAGAGGUAUAGGCAUGCUGUGAUACGGCCCUAUAUAUUCGCCGGCAGGACUAUCUUCCUUUUAAAGACAACCUCCUCCUCGCAUUGGUUUCCACUCAGUGAUGUCGCGUAUUUGUGUGGCGCACCUGUAAAGAGCGAGACAGGCAUAAGCCGGCUUUUUUAAUUAUUUGAUUCCUUUUAUUUCUUCUGUUCUUUUUUCCUUUUGUUUCAUGCAUUUGCUGAAAGGAACUCAUUUCUGUGUUUUGAUUUAAUAAAUAUUUCAUUUCCUCAUUUUAUCUUGUUUGUGUUGGCUUUUUAUGUUUCCAAGUUUGAACUAAAGAGAACGGAAUUCAUCCUUUUACGAGCUAUUGGCCAGGUGUUGUCAUUCAGAGAUUGUUUGCCCUAAAGGACGUCCAUAACUUUCAUUUAUAGAAACGGUAAGAUAUUUUUCAACAUUUGCUCAUUCACCUGAAUCGAUAUUUCUUCCUUUGUCAGCUCUCUUUGAGGACACUGUGUGGAUUCAGAUCAUGCAUCCACUGUAGUCUCUUAGUGCAUGUUAACGCGACAGGAAAGUCACCGUGAUCUGAUGCAUUCAUGUUUCCACUGACGCCUGCUGAAAAUUGCGGUGCCUUGGCAUAUCGUGGCAAGGAUAGGAUGAGAGGGCGAUCACCGCACAUGUGCUCAAAUCUUAGCCACCCCGAGCCUGCAGAAGACGUGGUCGGACGCAUAAUGCUCUAGUGUGGAAAAAUAUAGGCCUAGGUAGAGUGUUGAAUCGUGGGAUCCGCAUACUAGUGGGCUACUCUACAGCAUCAUAGAAAAAAAGCGCUAUUGUGAGGAGAAAAUUAGCCUUAAACAGGUGUUUUACAGGUUCAAUUCCACAUUUCUGCUUGUUAUAAGAUCUUGUUAUAAUAGCUGUUAUUUUAUGUAAAUGGAAACUUGCAUGUGGGUUUAUAUCCUUAAAAGAAUCUACAAUUUUUGGUGCCAUUUAAAUGCAAAACAGCCUUGGGGGUUGAGGAUUCAAUGUAACUCUAAGAGGAGUAGUAGCUACUUUGCUAUAUAUAGGUUAAGUGCAGCUUGUGUGUUAUGCUUCUUGGAGUUUGUGGAUUGUAUAUUGUAAAUUCUGGUCAAGCUUAAUGCAGUUUUGUAAAUAUCCAUGUUUUAUGAAGUUUGAACAGGUCUUGUUGGGAUUUUCCACGUCACAAUCCAUUCAUUAGCUCUCCUAUUUGUGUAAAUAUGAUUAUAGACUCGACUGGGCAAACAGUAGUAAGAGUAGGGUGAGUCAAACUUAAGUAGAAACGCCAAUAAACAGCUGUUUAUUCCUUUAACUUCAUGUGCUUCCUCCUCUGGAGCUGAGUUGGCAUCGUGACGCAGUUUGAGGGCCCCUGCAUCAGCACUUUCAUUUUUCCUGCACUAGGUUUUAGCUGUGAAAUUAGCUUAAAACGCUGGCAGCAUGCAGCUAAAAACUACACCUGCAGCAAAUCAAUUAGUUAAUAGUGUAUUUCCGGGGUAGAGACGGGGUCUGCGCUGAUUGGCUGAGGGUCUGAUUAGUUUACUUAGGGUGGCCGUGUUCCCGCCACCGCCCCUUUACCACUGCGCAAAGACGGCAACGAAAAGUUUGAUGUCUGCAGGCUUUACAUCAAUAAAUACCCGCGACGCCGAUACAACACCUCAAGGUAAGACACCAGAGAGACAAAACAUAACACGAGAGGUUAAACUGAGUGCGCAUGUAAACAUUAAAAGAAAUAAAGUAGGUUUAAACAAGCUAGCAUGACCGGAGAAAGGCUACGACCGCACGCUACUAGGUCGCACAUGUUGCUGCAGAACCUCGUUAGGAAAUUUAUUGAUUUAACGUGACCCAAUGCUGCCCUGUUAAAUAUGGCUUUUUAGCUAGCAAAAUUAAGUUACUUUAAAAGCAAGUUCCUGAAUGAAAAUCGGUGCAAGCUAAUACGCAGCUCCACCCCUGUGUGAGAAAUGAAUCCCACAAACCGCGUUCACCAAACUCAGCAGCGACACUCUGACCGUCCGCUUAAACUCCCUUUCUCCAGCACAGGCACCGCGUUCAGUUCACAGAACAACGCCACAUGGCGGUGCAACUCAACCAAAAACUUGCACCAAGCUGUAGCUUCACUAAGUUUUAGAGCAAUAUUCGACUGAAAAUGAGUUUCGGCGUUUAGCAUAGUACAGGCCGUUUUGUGUGGAAAUUGUGCCCAAUAUUUUAGACAUUGUCGGAGUGGAGUGGCGGCCCGCGGUGGGUCUUGUUGCGCAUGUUGCCUGCAGCAGCCCAGGUGUCACUGAUUAACUAAUUAAAGCAGACAGCUUCGAGCUCUCCUCCUCGUAUCCAAUUCACAUUGAAGUUCACCCAAUUACUAAGAGCUUAGCUCAAGGCAGGAAACCUUUGAACCUUUUAAAAUAAAGUUUAUUGGUGAAUUCAGAUUGGUUUUAACAUUAAUAUCACUUUAACUCUCUGUUUUUAAUAUUGUUUAUUGUUCUAUUACAGUUUUGCAUUAAAACAAUAGAAGCAGUGUAUUUAUUCAACCCAGGAGUGGGCUCUUACUAUGACAAAUCUUAGAGUUGUGCAUCUGAGGGAUCUCCCUGUGUGUUACAUUUAUUAUUAAUUGUACAUUUUUAAGCUAUGAAACCAUGGGUCUGGAAUAAACUCAAGUUUUUAUUUCACUACAGUAAGCUUUAUUUUUCUACUCGUAAUUUUGUUAUUACAGUCCUGACCUUAAAUUGUGCAUCUACCCAAUCUCUCAGGCUGAAAAUGCUCCAAAAGCCCUCAGCUUUUGUGAUAAUAGGAAGCUAAAAAUACAAAUGGGUUGUUGCUUUUUGUAUUUUUUUGUGCUAGAUCUGUCUGAGAACAAUUUUACACUCUUACCCCCGCAUAAAAAUAGGUGCCUUCUUUAUUUCUGCUUCUGUUGGUGCUUGUGACUGAAGUAUCUGGCCUUGAAUCUUGAGAAGGUGAAUAUGUUGAAGCCUGAGGCAUCAGCGGUAUAGUUGGCAGUCAGCGGUGAAUAAUCUCCAGUUGGUAGGUCAUGAAAAGAUUACAUAUCGCCGGGCCAGCAGCUAAGAGCCUGACCAGUUAAUUUAGCAGGAGGUUGCCAGCACACAAAACAUCUGCUCCUGUGGGGAUAGGGGUGCAGACCAGCAGAAAGACAUGUGGGUGCUUGUUGAGGCUAAAAAGGUGUGAAACAGGCGAUUGCGUGAGAGGAGAGUCCUCAGUUGUUAGUUUAAAUAUAACUUGUGGUGCAGUUUUCUUGCUGUUUGUUGAUUUUUAAGAGUUUUCUUUAUAUUCUUUGCAAAAUAUGUAACAAGUGAGAAAUGUGUAGGACAGGAAUCUGAUGUGAAUAUAUUAUGUUGCUGUUAAAGUAUAAUCUUUUCUCCGGUUAUCUAAUUUUAAAUUGUGCAGAAAAGCAUCCAACUUUUCAUACGCUAAAAGACUAAAUAUUGUACGUUUUAAAAGAGUGCCUGAAUUUGGCAGAAGUUAAAUUUAAACCUUGGUUGCAGAUUUUGUGACAAGUUUUGCUUUAGUAAAAAUAGAAGAGGGCCUCCUGUUCCCAUUUCUAUAUGUCUGCUCCUUUUAGGCUUUUCCCUCCUCUCUGUUCUUGCCACUUCCACAAUUUCAGGCAGCCUCUGUGCUCCUGAGAGGGACAGGAGAUAAGAGCGGCUGUCUUUAUGUAUUAUUGAGCCCACACGUUUGCCUUUCUAAAUAAAGGCUGCUGACAGAGUGACUAAAAUGCAGGCCAGUGAGCGAACUUCCAAAGGCCACAUCACUGCGCUCUGUACAGCAAUGUGUGCUGCUGGCAGAACUGGGUUAGCCUACAGUGGGUGGCUUUACCGAGUGGGAAAAAAAGCAAUUUUGUCCCCUUUGUCCUUCUUAAAUGCCCGUCCCAUCCCCCCUUUCUUCUCCCCGUGGCCUCCUCCUGGUCUCCCCCCUCUGCAGUGAUCUGGUCUGGGCUGUGGAUGCUGCUCAGGACUGUGUGUGUGUGUAUUUUUUUUUUUUUUUGCUCAGUUGGUCUGUGUUGUGUGUUGGCCACAGGGUGGCCCUCCCUCUGCAUGUGUGGGUCAUUACUGCAGGACAACCAUGCAGUGUUCUUGAGCCUGUCACUGCAUCCCAGCAGCUUCUAUAUAUCACCACACAUCACGCCCUAUAUAGGUGUUAUGUGGUGUGUUGUUUUGUGUACUUUAAUGUUGGCUCUGUAAGUGUGUAGGCCUCUUAUGGUGAGAAGCAGAGGGAGUGUGAAUAUACCUGAUGAUGUCUGACCAUCAGACUUUUAAUUUUUAUUUUUUUAGAUUGGCGGUUAUUGAACAAGUGUUGUAAUCUCUAAACUCAGAUUUUAAAUUUGGGGUUUUACUCUUAAUUUGAUCAGAGCAACAGUUUUUUCUAGUUUAUAGUUUAAGACAUGAAUAAAUCAGAUUUGACGCUCUUUAGUUUAACACACACUCUAGUUUUCUGUCUUGAAGAGAUGGUUUGUUGUCUGUAUUUCUCCAUGUGUAUCUCCUUGUCAGCUUUUUUGUGUAACAUAGUGGAUUUGUCAGUAUCCAGGAUCUGUACAUUUCAGUCUCAAUCUGCUACCCUGUCAUGUUUUGAAGACAAAGGAAACUCUAACUAGAUUCAGUUUCAGUUUUUUUAAUAAAACAAAAGAAAACUCUACUUUUUCAUAAGCAGUGACAUGCUGAUAUUUAUCGACAUUGGCUCACAAACAGCAGAAGGCCAGAAAGACCAAAAAAACGCCUCUGGUCAUAAUUUAAGAGCAAGUCGAAUCCAGACGACCACGUGUUGCAGUCUUUCCAGCUCUGAAAACCACCAAACUUUCUUCAGACGGUGUGUUUUAUUUUUCCUGUUCACUGUGCUUCUUUCUAAGUGUCGCAGGAAAAUCAUUAAGUCAUCCUUUAGAGGCAGGCUGUUGAUUUUUACUCAAUGUCGCAUCACUUUCCAGUGUUAUUCUGAUCAGCUCCGGCAUGAGGCGGGUGCUGCACUAUGACACUCGACUGACUGUAACCUUAAAUGUCAACUUGCAAACAAAGCUGGCUGGAGGAGAGUUAAUAGACUUUGAAAUACAGAGAGGAGUUUUCACAGGGUUCAGGUGCACCUAUAUGGCUAACACUGACUCCAGGUCAACCAGCAGCACUUCAUCAGGAUGAGAAACAGUUGAAGGAGUUUUUAUUCGGCUGAUAAUUGCAGAUACCUUCGCUUGUUUUGCAGCUGUGCUCGUAUUAUUGUUGUUGUCUCUCAAGCAAUCGCUUCACUUUCCAGUGUUGCAUGUUGUAGCAUCAGUCCGCUGCAGUGUGUGGGUAGACUCGUCACAUCUGUGUUUCCAGCUGGGAUAUUUUGAACUGUUACUUGUGGGCUUUUAGUUUUCAAGGACAGGCCGUGCAUGUCAGCGUGCACACUCUGGAGUUCUUCACUCUGCGGCUCGUCACGCAUACUUGGUCAAUUUAAUCCUCUGAGGAGCUCGUAGCAGAGAUUCGUGCCUCCUCACUUUAAGUGCUCGGUGUCACAUCAGUACAUGCUGAUCUCGCUCUCGGCUUCAGGUUCGUCUUCAAGAAGGUGCGCAGAUAGUCUUUUGCCAGACUCUGUAUGUACAUGUGAAUAUCCUAAAAAAUGGACUCCCUUUUGAUGUGGAUUUGCCACGUAGGUAUUAGAUACAUCUUUAAAGGAAUGAGUGAAAUGUCAGGAAACAGAUGUCAACGACCUUUCCAAAAUCAAAUACCAGCAUUAGUACAACGAUACAAGCAGAUAAGCAAGAGUAUGAAUCAAUGUGCAUCUACUGCAAAGGUUGGGGGUAAUAAAAUCUAUCCAUUCCCUCCCCCUCAGUUGUGCAAAUCCUUUACAAAGAAUCAGACUAUUCUCUCAAAUCAAUACUAGCAAGCACAGAAGUUGAAAAUGUUUUCUACCAAGAGCAGACUGCUCUGUGGCCUUCGUAGUAACUGCUGUUAAUUGAAACUAAAAUGGCAGCCUCGCUGUCCUCAAGUGGCAGCUGGGACUUAAAUACAUCUCUCAGAUUGGUUUUGAUUUAAGCUGAAAAGAGCCCUGCAACCUUUGGAUGAGGAUGAGAUUUGUCUCAUACAAUCCAGGUAGUAGUUCUAAACAGAAGUACUGCAGCAGCUCUUGAUUAUUCUACAAUUAUAAAGGCUUCAUGGAUGUUAAGCUUAUGAUGUACCCUCCAUAUUCAUUAGUUAAUAAUAAAAAUAGUCGGAUCAAUUCCUUAAUCUUUGAAGCGGCUAAUUGGUUUGGCUCCAUAAAGGCAACAGGUAUGAGGCACGAACAGCUUGUGAUUGAUUCCAUAUCAGUAGAUUUACAUCUGCACUCUCAUAAAUGUGAUCAGCUGUGAAAUGUUGCUUCCAAACACCCACUCAGUCACUUUUUUAAUGUGAUUAAUUAGCACAACCAGUGAGCAGCCGAAACAGAGCCAGCAGCACCAGCUUCAGAGGUUGAAGGGUGACAUAAGGAGAAAGCUCAGGAAACUGCCCACAAAUCAGCAAAUAUCUGAGCCCAUCACUCGCAUGUGAAGUAUUGACAGAGCUGUGCCCUCAGUGCUCAAAGUCCCUGGCUCUUUUUUGCAUGUUGUCAUAGUGACAGUAUAUAUCAAACUUUUUUCCUUGUGGGAAGGUCAGGAGCGAUCGCUGUAUUCGGAUUAAGGAUCUCUGCAUCUCUUAUCAGUCUGACUGCGUGCAGAAGCUCCUCUCCCCCCUUGUGAGACGUCUGUGGGAUCUGAGAGUACCAAUAACUAAACACGCCACGCUGUAAUGAGUCCUAAAAGGCAGCCUGCUCAGUGGGGUAAAACUGUGGAGGUGGAUGGGUUUAUUUUAGCGAUGAUGAUGAUGAUGGGGAAACAAAAAAAGAACCGCGUGGUUUUCAUCUGGGGCUGGUUCCUGAUGAAAAACCGUGAGGCGAGGCCUCUGGGGAAACAAGAUGCUCCGCACUCAAAUGCGUGCACUAAGAGGAGGCUGCUGGCUGGCUGCACACGCUGAAAGCUCGGACUGAAAUUUUUGGGGAGAGGCGUGUUGCCAAGCUUCCUCUUCCAAGUGUUUAUCUAAUGAAAUAUUUCUGCCUUGUGGCGCUUUCUCAAGCGGGACGAGAGCCAAUGUUUGUGCUUUGUAGUUCGAAUAAAAGGUGAAACAUGAAAUGGAGAUUGAAGUAAGUCAUUUUCUUUAUCGACAAUAUGUUCUCUCACGGCCUGCUUCUCUCUGUUACUCUCUACACGUGGGGGAGGCAGCAUGUGGAGACCAGAGCUGCUUAACAUUGUGGUUUUUGGCAUAUGAGAAACUCUGGCUGGAUAUCACUUCCAUUUUCUAAAAUAUCUGUUUUUGUGCACUUUUUGUCAUGUUAACAAAAAGUUAAUGUGUGAAAGCAGAUUUUAAUUAUAUCAUCCUGAUAUUUCGUCGUCACCAACUGGGCUUUAUACGGUUUAGACAAAUAACAGAUGGAGGGAGCAGCAGGAGGCUGAGGUUGACCAGGAAAGUUCACUGUGGGAUGUUUGCAGUUGUUUUGGACGUCUUAUUUUACAGCCCGCUGACACGUUUUCGCUUUUUUAGAUAGUUUGACUUUAAUCAGUCGAUGUUGAAACUCUAAUGUAGCCGUUUGAUGUUAAUCCAACUCUUGUAUAUUUUGGCCAACAUUCAGUGUUAUGUAACCCUGUCAUUUAUGACCUCUGUUAAUGAAGAAACAGUCAUUUUCAAAAUGUUCACAUUUGUGUGACUCGUGCUGCCAGGAGAGGAUUCUGUUAAAAAAGUGAUUUACUUUAGAGAAGUGGGAGUGUCUGAUGUGGAGAUGAUCCACAGGCAAGUUUGAGGUUAGAGUACAGUCACUUUGCCUGCAGUCUAAUUCUGCUAAAAGUGGAUUAAACGUCUGUAUACUACUUUACACAACAACUACAGCGUCUCCUGAGCAAGUUUAACACAUUUUAAUUAAUUUAAGGGAUAAUUUAUAGUAAGGCAGUAGUUCUGUAAUAUGUAAUCCUGACAAAGGGUUUCAGUUUGACUUGUAUGACCCCACUAGAUACCUGAUAAAGAAAGUUCACACUCAAUACUGAUUUAAAGAAUGAUUUUAUAGAUACAAAAAUGAAUUUAUUAAAACAAAACUUCCUCUAAAUCCACAGUUGGUGUGAUAUAGAGUUUUUGUCAGCUUCCUUUCUGGUCAAAUAAACUUUGAACUGAAUGUUUUCAGUCAUGGUUAAAUCUCAGCAGACACUAAAAGAUGACAGCAGCACAUGUAUGAGAUGAUUUAUCUUCUAACACCACAAAUCAACACCAUGUUUACUUUAACAUCCCACACUAGUUUUCUGUGUUUAUCCUCUCAUCCUUUCAUUGAUGGGAAGUGGACAGUCAUCAACUGUGAUUAAGAAAUAAUAGUCUUCCCCAGAUAACCAAGAGGCACAAAGAAAACUCAUCCAUGUCCAUAACUAAAAGAUUUAAGAUACAAGUAUUCCCAUGAGCUAAAAGUUGAAGUGAUUAUUUUAGGCUCCUUAAAACUUUUUUUAAUUGAAAUUUUAAGUUUCUAUUUUAUUGUGAAGUCUGUUUAACACAAUGUCAGCACAUGUGGACCACUUCAGGAGAAAGUGAUCAAAUCAAAUGUAAAAUUGCUUUAAAUUUAUUUUUAUUAAAUUUAUCUAAUAAGUUUUAAGGGCUGAAACAGUUCCUCAAACAAACUGUGUUCCUCGCUGUAUUUUGGCCAUGAAGACUAUUGGCUCUACUUAACCUACAUAUACCAGAAAAACCAGGCUUAAAAAUUAACCCAACAAAGUAACUACAUUUUAAUUAGUCAUUGACACGAUCAUAAACAGAGGCGGGACGUCAGCUCACACCUGCUGAGCUGAGAGGAAGAGAGAUCCUGUUAAUCAAAUAACUAAGGUUUCCAGUGUUUACAGAUGUUUGGGGUUAUUUACCCCUCUAAUCAUUUCAGUUUAAAAUUUAGUCUAUUUUUGUUGUAUGUAUUUACUGGCUGUAUUUAUAAUAUACCAUGUAUAGCGAAGAAGAAAACAUAUUUUUUCUCGUUGCUUUAAUGCUUGCCCAAUCAGCAGCUCUCAGUGUGGUUUAAAGUUCUCCAGAUCUCAUCCUUGUCAGUCUGCUGGAUCUGUUCAACUAGGGCUGUGCUUAUCUGUUGAUUCACUCGCACUUAUUACACUUAGACUGACUGUUAAUCCUCCUCCCACCAGUACAGGAGUCACUCUUUACCUUUCUCUGGGACAGGAGUUAAGGUUUGUUUGGGUCUCCUCUCAUUCUGGCCUGUCAGGGCUGGGGUCCCACAGUUUCUCUGUGCUGCUUUAUAAGGGUGUGUGCAGACUUUGUGACUGGGAUGAGACUGAGAUAUUAGAGAUUAUAAGUGUCUAGAUGAUUUGACAUGAUAUUAGAUUAUGAAAAUAUCCCUAAAAUGUCAACAGUUCAACAGGAAAAUGUGCUAUAACAGUACUUUUGUUGUUUACAAUCCUUAACCAGGAUCGUACAGUCGCCAUGUCUCGCUCUUGCUGGCAUGUUUUGAUUGUAGGUGGUCAUCGCGUGUAUUCUUGGUGUGUCGUGUCUUUUGUGUGCUGACUGAACCUGCAGAAAAGUUGCUCUUCUGAUUCAAAGUGUUGUCCUGUUUCAAUGUUCGUGCAACAUUUCUUAAUUUUCUUCAACUUCGGCCUGUGAAGAAUACAAGCCACACUCACGAUGUUUGGAUGUUCUGGCAGCUUGGCCGUAAAGUCUUUAGCCCCAUAGACUGAUUCAGCGUGCACUGUUACAGCGCAUGCUAAAUAAUGCUUCUAACACAGGUCACAGUAGCAGGAUGUGGGGUGUGGUUUUUGUACUUCAUACAUUGCAACAUCCUAGUCGAGCACAAUGUCGAGAGCUCAUGUAACACCGUUUAUUUUGAGCAGAACAGACUCUGAAGUCAGAAGUGAAAGGGGUCACAUUUCAGCAGAAUGAGCAGUUCCUGAUGUAAAGAACGGUUUAGAUGUUGGCUUUUCAGGACUUGAAGUGGCUCACAGUGGAUCAGUGUACACAAAAGCGUAGUUAAAACCGUGGGUAUCUUAUUUUAAGUUUCUCUCUCUGAGGCUGACUUGCAUGUUGACCUAAGCGAACCUCUUACUAGACAAUUGACUGUCUGCGUGAAGACCCUAAGUGACAAUCACGUCCACUCAUCUGGUUUUGUUGUUCAGUGAAUGAGACGUAUUUGUGGUAAUGGGUCGUGUGGGUCGAAGCUGUUUGCUGAACGGCUGUAGUUUCUAUUUUUGCUGGGUUAUGUAGUCAUGGGUUUUGACCUUGGCUUAGGGACAUGAAUCAAAUGAGUCAUGUACUUGCACUUAUGCACUGCAACACUCGCAGCGCAGUUUGUCUGCAGUCCAUUCAGGAGACAGACAACAGUGGCGGUAAUGGAUGCAUUACAUAAUAAAGACGAAAAACAAACAAACAAAACAAACCUGAGUGUGUGCGCACAGGUCUCCUCAACUUUCAUCUUCAGUGGAAAUAAAGUCGUAAACAUGAUGCUGUUAAUGAUCCAUUUGGGAUGUUGAAAACGUCCAAACAGUCCAAAUUUACAGCUCAAGUGACGCUUUAAUGGCUACAAAGAAAAAAGUUUUACCUGAUCCUGAAACAGCUGCCUGAGUGUAAAUUAUACGAACACAUGGCCGUGCUUUAGAUUGUCACAGGUAGUUAAUCACCUGCUACACACCAGCAAACACUGUUGAGUGAAGUAGAUAAGUGACAUAAGAAAACAUGGAUGCCCUGUUGGAAGAGUCUUUCUCCACUUUAACCUGCUGUGAUGCAAAGUCAAUAAUCUUUCCCUUUAGGCGACUGUAGAGGAAAUAGGCGACCAUGAAUGCACACGACACCACCGUGUCUGUUAUUUCCUGCUACAUGUGCGCCGUAAAUUUAGGAGGAGAACUGUCGAAGCCUCUCUCUGUGCUGCAGAAAGAUAUGUGGUUUGUUGAUGAUUAACACUUAAGUACAUUGUCAUUUUUAGUCAGGAUAUCACAGUAGACAGUCAUCAAACACUCACAGAACACCUCCAGUUUUUCACACUUGAAUAAGCUGAGGUUGUAAUUAUUUUCUAAUCGAAUGAGAGUCCAGAACGCGUCCACAGCUGUUUGAUCCGACUGACACCGAGCUGUUUGCUGCAAUUUGUAGCUUCACGUGUAUUUAUGUACAUUAUGAUGCAUAGCGGAGCCAAUCGGUGCAUGCGACACUGACAGCUGAGCUGCCGCAGUGUUGUUACACAAUUAACAGCCAUAAAAAGCAGCACAUGAGAAAGAAACAGCUUGUUCAAAUAAUGAGAGGUGGUCCUCUUCAAUCGUGACAGCUGCACUGAUUUAAUUCCUUUAGUCAGGAUUUGAAAUAGCUUUCAAACAAAAAAAAAAUGAGAUUGAGGGGAGGAAAAAAAAAAAGUAUUUCAGUGGAUGUGUCAAAAAGAAAAUGUCAGAGGAGUGAUGUGUGAACGCUCGGCUCUCCGGUAAUGUUUAUUGACGUGCAUAAACUUGCAUAGACCACAGUGUGAGGGGAUGAUGGAGAAAUUCAACGCAAUCAAGACCGCAUAACAAAUCCAAUCUCUUCCUCCGACUCCCUGCAAUCAUUUAUAAGGAAAUUUAAGAUUUAAUGUUUUGAUUCAUACAUUAUCUAUUCCUCUGGCAAACACUGAAAAUGGCACAUAGGCUGGUUUAAGAUGACCCCACUAAGAAAUAUUGAUCGAGCCGUAUCGACUUUUCACCGCUUCAUCUGACAGUUGCAACGCUGUUUUCAUCACUUGAGUAGAGAAAAUCAAUUCGCAUUUGAGAUGUUGCAAGUUGACAUUUUCUGUAGAUGGAACCAACAAGGUGAAAGAAGUUCAUAAAUAAGACACCAAGUGUUCAGUUUUAUGUUUGGAGACUGUAGCGUAUAACAACUCACAAUGCAGAUAAAACGGAGCUGUUUUUCUUUGCUCUAACGCUACGGAUGUGAAGACCUCAACUAACAUGUCACCAGAUAUGACAAGUUUCUCGCAGGAGCGCUCUCUUUAUACGAGGUUUAGCAGGGUGCCUUCACUUUAAAGAGGUGUUAAAAUGUCCCUGUUUACAUCAAGAAAUCAUCUCAUUAGUCAGUUCAGUACAUGGUGUAAAAAGAAGCAGCAGCAUCUGACCUCCUUCUGUGUUAGAAGAUGCUUAUUAGGGCUUUAACGAACUUUUCAUCAUAAUUUCACAAUUAAUAAUAGUGGUGGGAAUCACCAGUGGCUCUACGAUACGAUAUUAUCGCGAUACUUGGGCCAGGAUACGAUAUUAUUGCGAUUAUUGGGAGUAUUGCGAUACAAUGUAUUGCGAUUUAUACAAUUAUUCCAACUGUUUAGCUAAUUAUUUGUCUUUCCUUUAUGUUUGUCUUAUUUACGCUGUAUUUUAUUCUCAUGUAGCACAUCUUGCAAACCUUAUAUAUACUUCUUGUACCAACUUUCUCCUGCUCUAUCAUGUCACCUCUGCCAACCUCACUGGACAUAGAUUUGACUUCAUAUCAACAAUCAAUUUGAAAAAUCGAUACUUGGUAAAUGAGACGAUACGAUAUAUCACCAGACAAAAUAUUGCGAUACUAUGCUGUAUCGAUUUUUAUUCGUACCCCUAAUUAAUAAACUAUUAUGUCCAAGAAGUUGAGACCAAAAUAGUUGGCGAUAAACUUUUCCUGUAAAUACAAAAUCUUCUUAAUUUCACAUUAUAAUCGGCAUAAUAUCAGUACUGGCGGAUAACGUUUUAAAGUUAAUAGUUGGUAUUUGCAGACAUGAAAAUAUCUGUUAGUAUGCGCCGCUGUAGACAUGACACAUUAAUUAUGCACCAGCCAAUGAUGGCAGCUUACACGAGCGUCAACGACUGUAUGGAUUUCAAAGCGUCAGAAACAAACAGCAGACACAUGCCUGAAGAAGAUUAAUCAUAUAUGUGAGAGCAGAUGUUUGUCAGCGUCUUAAAGAGCAGCAGGUAAAGUCGAGUACAGGAGAGACCUGGUGUUCAGUACUGAGGGAGAAAAAAAGCUGUUUCUGCAUCAGUGUUGAUAUGAGUUUGGGACUGAGCGAGUUGAAAACAUUGGCACGCUGGGUAUUGUCAAAAAAGCAAAUGUUCUGCUUCCCAGGUUUUCUGCAAGUAUGGCAAGAUUUCCAAAAUAAUUUAAAGCUCCAGUGAGGAGUUUUUGUUACAGGUGAUAAACCAGACGGAAAUAAACAGUGACGAGACUAUCAGUUAGAGAAAGAGGCGACUUUUACCAUAAGUCUUUUAUUAUGAGUGAUACAUGUACAGACUACAGACAGCAGAUGGAGACUUUCUGUCUCAGGUUUGUGCAGGACAAGACCAGCAAAGAGACUCGUGUGGGAACAUCUUCAAACUGGAAUAUUUCUGGCCGUGAACAGUGUGAUGGUGUUUCAAAUCUGUCUGAGUGUAUGAAUUAGUGUUUUUUUGUUGAUUGAAUUCAGUCUUCUUGUGGUUUUGUCUUUGUCGGUGUCCUCUCGUUUAUCUGUGGUUCAUCAAAGUUUGAGCUCUCAAAGACGUAGAGGAACCUUGUCGAUGGUUUCACAGCGGGUGUUGACAGUUUUGAUGCGUCUUCUGGAUUUGAGUAAUCUGAGCGAUCAUCCUGAUGCAGCACUUUCAUCCAUUUCGCUUAGUCUCAUUCCUCAUGCUUCCUAGACAGGUGUUCCUCCUGUUUCCUCCAGACUGAGGGUGAAUAGUGACGUAGUGAAACCUUGCUUCUUCCUGGUUAAACCCGAUCUUGCAUGGACAGCCAGUUGAAAAAAAAAGACUCUAGCCUCUUCCUCCUCCCCCCUAAGAAUGCCAUGUGAUCACCUCUGACUGUUGAUUUGUUCUUGUUGAUCUAACAUGAAGUACUUUUUGUGUCCACAUUUUCAGACGGCAACUCCAAACUAACAUGGCAGUCAGACUGUGCGAUGUGGCUUCUCUGCUUAGAAGUGGUUCGUGGGCGCCUGAGCCUUGGACUGGGGUCUGUGGCACUUCUUUUUUUUUACAACCAUUUGGUGUCUCAGUGCUCAGGCCAUACCAAUGACGUUAGCUCUUUUUUUUAAGUCAUACUUUUCGAUGCUCAAAUCAAAUUGAUCACAUUUGUUGACGUAAAUCACAAUUUGGAUAUUUUGGGAUAUUUUUGGCUUUUGCUCCUGAAAAGCUCCCAUGUUGUGGCUGUCAGUCUGUCUGUAUUGGUAUGGUCUAACCCUGUGUGAUACUGUCUACUCUGAUGUGUUCAUGUCUGAUUCAUUUCUUAAAAUGGCUUUACGGCACCGUGGUGUGACUCCACUGAUCUGCUGUCUGCACAUGGUGAACAUGUUAAUAAAGGAGGACUCUUCAUACAUCGAUCUGUCGCCGGUCACCCAAACUGAUUUCCCCCAAAAUCCUCUAAGAUCUGCUGUCCAGUGUGUGAGCAUGGCUGCUGUUAAAGGCUUGCAGUUUAUACUCUAACAUGAGCCGUUUCACUUGAAUUUACCUCUAAAGUUUGCCAUUUCCAAACUCAGAAUCGUUUUACAUCUAACAAAUUAAUUGUUCACAUCAAUUUCACACUCAAAAGUCUCAAUUUUCUUGUCAACAAAAGCAGCAAUCACAUACACUUGAAAGAGGAAGUGUUAUUCUAACUUCAUGUUUUCUACCUCUGAAGUUCACCCUCACUAACUUCAAAUUCAUCGAUUAAUCAGAGCUAAAGGCACUAAUUAAGAUUAUUAAACCAACCUGUUAAAGUAGAUUUUUGUUAUAUUAUACAACACUUGCGUAAAACAUGAAAUAAUGAUGAUUUUUCUGCUCCCUACAGCUUGUUUUAAUGUAAAGGCAAAAAUCCAGAUGAAAACCCCCUGAUCUUUGUGUGAAGAGAGUCCUUUUUUAACUCCAAGUUGAUGUUUUGAUGUUUCAGGCCAGUCUGUACGGGGUUUUUGACUUGACUCUUCUUUGUCUCUUUAGCAGGUAAUUGCUGCCAUGGAAACACAGCUGUCCAAUGGGCCAACGUGCAACAACACAAGCAACGGUCCUUCAACAAUCUCAAACAACUGCUCCUCGCCUGUAGAGUCAGGAAGCAUAGAGGACAGUAAAACUAACUUGAUAGUCAACUAUCUGCCUCAGAACAUGACCCAGGAGGAGCUGAAGAGUUUGUUUGGGAGCAUCGGAGAAAUCGAGUCCUGUAAACUAGUCCGAGACAAAAUCACAGGUAACUCAUACGUUUGCUUUCUAACAGCGCAGGGCCCGACAGAUACAGUAUGAGCUCCAGAGACGGAUCGAAGUGGAGAAUUAAGUUCCCAAAACUUCUUUCUUUUCCUUCUUUACUUUAACACUUAACCAAAUAUUGUAUCAGUCGGGCCCUGCUGGCAGUUCAGUCAGCGCCAUGAGCUUUUGUGUUUAUGCAUGCACAGUAUGGGAUUUCCUCUUUGUGUAUUUGACUCCUAGCAUCAUAAAUUAUAAAUUAUGACCUUUUUACCUCCAGUAAAUGCAGAGGCAUUCGUUUUGAAAGGCAGCCAAUCAUUCUGCAUCUCAUUAUGGAGAAUUCAUGGCAGUGUCUCCUAUCCAUCUAUUACUAAACCAUCCGAGCGGCGGUAUAUCACUGAUUUUAAUUGCUAUAUAUACUGCUUUAAUAUGCGGGAUGACACUAGUGCCACUGGCAAAAUGGCAUUUCCAAAUCAAAAGGGGCCCCAGGGCAAUUGAAAUGGAUUCUAUGGAAAUGGGGCUCUCCACUGAAAAGGGAUAUUUCUGUGGUUUUAACCUAGAAAUUUAAAGGGACAUUCAUUUUAAUUGGACUAUUAAAUCUCUCCUGUUUGAGCAUCGGAGAAAUGCAAAUAAUGUCAGGAGGUUUUAUUAUGAGCUGGCAGAGACUCGCACUGACAUGGACUGUUGGAGGCUGGGAGAUAAUUGCGGAGUCUUCUGGAUUUUUUUUUUUUACUGCAUGCUGUUUUUGGUCAAGGUUACCCAAACCUUCCACCAUCUGUUUGUUGUGAUGCGGCUCGGUGGUUCGGCACACAAGCCUCUGUGGUCUUUUUAAGGAUGCAUACACACAUCUGGUUCAUUUGCAUUUGGUCUUGAAACUCGAGGAGCCUUUGAGUUGAACACAUCUCUCCAUUAAAACGAGGCUGGAGGGCAGAGGGGUUGUUGGACAUUCACAGGCGGAAAUCUGAAGGGUUAAUACAUGUGGAUGUUUAGGUUUGUGUCAUGUCCACUAAGAGUUUUCAGCUAUACCGUCUCCUUCCUAUCUAAAAGGCAUUUCUCUUAUACAUGCAUUUAAUAUGAAAACAGAGUUAGUCGCCAUUAUUUUCUAAGUGAGAUUUUAAUUUGGAGCAACAGAACAGAUGUAAAAUCAGCGUUUCUGUUAAAUUCUGCUGUUUCAUAAGCCGAGGCCACGCUGGUCGAGCUAUCUGGACUGUAGGUGGAGACUGAGGCCCGAACUACACGAAUGCGGAUAUAUUUCAAACCGCACAUAUUUAUGUCCGAUUAGGCCUCCCUACCACACCAAAACGGGAGUUUGGAGCACUCAAACCAGAUAAAUCUGAAUCCGAAAAAACAAGUGGAGAAAUCAAAAAAUAUCCGUAUCCCGUAUCCGUAGUGGAUUCGUGUGGUUGGACUUUUAUGGAUCGAUGACGUCAAACCGCAGCUUGCGCAUGCGAAUUAAAAAGAAAAACAACAACAACGAUGGCGGACAGACAGGGUAUUCUUUACGUUUGUUUUGCCCUUCUGGGGCUAAUUUCAGCCUUGCAAGUGAACCUUGUUUUAUACAAUUACAUCCACCAGUCAGCCAGCUCACAGAGGCGUCUGCUGCGGCCAAUACUUUUAUUGGUCACAUAGUCCGUCACAUGGACCCGACGCACGAGCGUAGCUUCCGCAAACAAUGCAUGACGCGUCACGCUGUUACGAUUCAUUGGCCAAUCAGGUAGCUUUGUUCCUGAAUUUUUUUUAAGCGGCACCAGAUAGGAUUGAGUUUGACGGCUACAUGUGGACGCAGAUAUUUUUGAGAACGAACACGUGUGGACAGAUACAUUUAUUUAGACGGGAGUACAAAAAUAUCCUGAUAAAUAAAUAUCUAUAUAUGUGUAGUCCGGGCCUGAGAGAGGAGGAGGAGGAGGGAGAAUCAUAAAUAAAACUUAGUUCACAGAGGUUCAAAAGUUAAAGGUUAAUGAAAACCGAACUAAAGCACCUCAGUGUAACUCAUCUACACCUGUUUUUACUACCAGUAUGUCACAGCUUUGUGAAGGAGUGCUGUAACUUUGUCAGGAUGCUGUUUUCUGACGUGUUUAUUCCAAAAUGAAAGAAGACACAAAAUUAUACCGUAAAGCUUAAAAUGAAGCCAGAAUGUUUGCUCUUUUUUUGGUGCAAAGGCAAAUCUGUGAUCACGCACUUUUAAAAGUUACAAGAGCGCAGUGGGAGUUACUUCGUACAAGACCAGACACUGCUUUUAUUUUUGGGUGAAUCUGUCUCAUUAUUAAUGACUUGACUUUGUUUGUGCAGGUUGGUAAUGAGACAAAAACAUCCAGGAGUUUGCCGGGGCUUUAAAGAAAGGAUCAUUUUUAUUUCUCCUGAGUGAACAAGUGUCCAGUGGCAGCCUGCGUUUCAUCAGCAUGCUCUGUGUCUCUAAUGAUUAAUGAGAAUAAGAAGUACGCUGUGGACGCUCAUCAUGUAUUCACUGAAUUUCAACUUUUGUCACGCAGAGAUGACAAAACUGUGGAGUAUGUGGCCCUGCGUGGACUCAAUGUCUUUGUGUAGUCAUGCAUACAAGAAAUACAUUUGAUUUGUUAAUGUGUGAAGUGACAAGUGAUCCUCGAGCUCAGCCUGCCCAGCUGAUUGAACAUGAAAAUGCUUGAUAGGUUGCGUAGGAAGGAGGAGCAAGUGGGAACAUAGCACUCCCAAGUAAUUUAAGUGCAAGGAACUAAAUAAAACAAGUCUGCUCUCGAGUUAUACUUGAGGGUAAUGCCGUACGCCUCCAUGAUGAGGGGGAGCGACAGAAAUGGAGACUCGGGUUGUUCAAGUAACAUAAAUGAACGUUUUUGAGGUUUGACCAAAAAAAAAAGGAAAAGAGUGUUUGCUGUGAGCCCUCAGAUGACUCAGAUUUACAGACUAGCACUUGAAAAUCAGGUUUGAUCUUAAAGCCGACCUGUGAGGAGAAAAAAUCAAGACAUUAAUAGAUGCAGAGAAAUCGUGCCAGAAGCGUAGGUUCCUAUAUGCUGCUGCAUGCAAACUGCCUUGUAACUUUCUAGACCCAACUUAUUUCAGACUCUCCUUUUAAAAGCAGAAGAACAGAUUGAAGUAGAUUCACGUCGACAGCCUGACCUUGUAGACUCGCUUUCUCUUUGUGUUGAUUAAGACUUUUUGGCACCAGUAAGUUGUUUGCAGGGAUUGGAAAAAUAGUCCAGGGUUUUGUAAAUUUGAAUGUUCCCAGUCGUUAAAGUAGAUUAAAUUAUCCAUUUAAAUGAGCUCCGUCGCUCUUUCUUUGCUUUUUCAGGCCGUUCGUUUUAUUUUCAGUCAGAAUUUGGCUCUUCAGGAUAUUGAAAUUGGAUUUUUUAACAUUUCAAAGGCGACGGUUCAGUGACCAUUUUGAGUCGCUGUGUUGUUGUCGUCGUUGUGUGCAAAUAACUCUCUGUAUUGCCUUUUUUCAUGCUACCUUUGAUGCUUCAGUAACUGGAUGAAUUUUGUUUGGCUUGCCACAUGCAGCUGUCCUGGAAGAAAGUCAGAGCCGCUGAGCUGGACGCAACUGUCCGCUCGAUGUGCGUUUAUUUACGUCCGCGUGAUAAACCGGAUAGCUGCGCAUAUCUCGGAGAACUUCCAGUGUGCAACUUUAGUGAGAAAAGCGUGCAAUGAAGAGUUUGGAUUUACACCAGUUUGACUGUUUUUAGACUUUCAGCUGCUGUUAGAUUUGAUUCGAGGUGACAGAUGCACCGGCGUCUUCAGUGAAACAAAGUGUGUAGAUGUCUGUUUGAGGAUUCGGAGGACUCUCACCAUCACUGCUGAUCCGAUCUGAAGCAAUAUGCCGCGUGAAAGACGUUCUAUUUGAUUGAAGGAAUUACAUUGAACUCCACGAAGCUCUAUUUAUGAUUUAUAUGUCUUUUAUUUUAUUCAUUAGAUGGUAUAUGUGUCAGCGCUAUAGAGAGAAACAGCAGUGUUUGUGAUCACACCAGACUUUUCACAUGAAUGCAGGCCGACAGGAGAUGUCAAACUUUAUAUUAUUUAAUCGGUGCAGGACGAAGAAUUUGGUGCAUUAGCAGAAAACAGGCAACAUUACCAUCAUGUAGCACUGAUGGUCUGCACUAUAAGACGACUCCAGAUUUACGUUUCUGUGGGUUGAGUCAACAGAAGUGCGAUACCGUGGUUAAAUAUUGCAAUAACAACUUGUGGUGCAUGCAUACACAGAUAUUUAAGAGAACAUAUCGGCUAAUUCUCAAAUCUUCUACAUGUUUUUACCUCAUUUCAAAAUAAAUCUGUUUUAUUUUCCAACUUAAUUUGUAGGGUUUAUCUGAAUGUAACUUUGGCUUCAUCAAAGCGUUGACCAUCCUACCUCUUAAUACUGAACCAGUUUUCUGGUUUAUUGUGAUGAAUUCAGACUUUUUUACGGUGUAUUUAUUGUGAUUUCUCAGCGUGAUUAUUUUUACACCCUUGAACAGUCGCAUCAUGUUUGUGGUUCCUGCGCUCGCCUAUAGAGACCGCUCCAGAACCCUCACUGCUGUGUUAAUGUGCUGGUUUCUGAUGUCGGUUUCACUGUCAGCUGAUUUCGAUCGUUUUUGCUACAUGACAGAUUUUGAAACAUGCUUUUGAGUCAGAAAAGAGGAUUGAUGCCUGCUGCACCAGUAAAGCGUUUGAUGGUAUGUUUCCAUACAGUUUGAUGCUGAUGAAAAGUUUCUAACCGGCAGUCUGUAAUAAAUGAAGCUGUUAAAGCAGCAUUUUCAAAAAUCCUUUUCAUCUGAUAAAAGCUUGAAUUGGGACGGGAAAAACUGACUUCAGACUCAGUUGGGGGAGAAAUUGGGCCCUUAAUGUUAUUCAAAGCCUCCAAGUCAUUUCACAGGAACGAUGCUCUGAUUUCAAUUUCAGCUCUACAUAAAAUCCUAUCCCCUCCAGACUGUGUUGCUUUUGUCUCUCCCUUGGCCCUGUGGCAAUGGAUUUAAGCCAGCCUACAUCUGUGUGCUGGUGCUACAUCAGAUGUUAAGUAAUCACCAGAGAGAUGCAUGCUUCCUCUUUGCUUUAAAUGUUCUCGCCUUGGCUGCCGCUGCUGCUGCUGCUGCUGCUGCUGCUGCAGCUUAGUCUUUGUGUCGUUUCUUUUCCUCCCACUAUGGGCAGCACUCGUCUUUAACUGGAAGCAGGGCGCAGCUCUCUGUUUGGGAGUGCAUCUCAGCGUGUCGUCUCUCUUCCUUAAUGACGGCUGAAAGUGAGCAAGUUGUUUGUAAUGGGAACAUGUGAAGGGCCUCCGAGUUAUGAAUGUUGAUGUAGCCGAUACUUGACGUUCCAUAGGAAGACAUCAACAUGAGCGUGGCGUGCCCACAUGCGGCGUUUACAGUAGAACGCAGGAAGGCUGGUGGGGGUUUGCCCCGCAGGCUUAAGUAAGUGUCAUUUCACCAGCUCAUUUCAAAGGCUCGGCGUGUUUCUCCUGGCUAUAACAGUCCCAGAGAUGUAAGGUGAAAUUAAGUUUAUGAACUUGAUUUGAUCAGUGCGGAGCCGCCCAUGAGAGCUGUGAUUCAUGGUGGUAAGACAGAUAAAGACAGUAGGGCUGCAUAUAGGCGUUCAGAUGUGGCUUAAUGCUUCGAGCAGCUGUCUGUUCACAUCUUCCUUACGAUUGCUAAAAAGACUUCUUUCCACACAUGUGUUAGAAAGUAUAGAUUAAAGAUGUCUCCUAACACUGAGGCGAAUGUAAAAGCUAACGCCGCUAACAGGAAGUGUGAGUGCGAAGAGUCAGACAUCCGUGCGUGCUGAAUCAUUGUUUUGACCCGUUUAACGUGAUCUCAGGCUCGUGGAAAAUCUUAAUCAAAAUACAUCUUAGAUUGACAAAAUAAAAACAAUUCUUCAUGAGAGGUUUUAAUAUGCUGAAGCAGCUCGGGCUGGUGAACUUGACCGGCAGUGGAAUUGCAGAGAGACCCAGCAGUGUGGGUGGAGGAAAUUGAAUUGCCUCUGUGCACAUAAAGAGUGGGUGUCAAUCUAUUGUACAUUUUAGAGAUAAACUGCGGAGGGAGGGGAACACAUUGAGCCACGACUGCUGCACUGUGUCAGAGAUGAGCCGCUGUGAAAGCAGAGCAAUUGCCUGUCGUUCUUAAUUUAAGACGUCCGUCUAAAGAGUCAUUUUGAGAUUUUUUACUGUAGCGGUUCGACUAAUAGAUGUUUGCUGAAUAUGAGCUUAUGACUUCUGUGUUUUUUAGGCUCUGCCAAAGGAGAGAUCAGCUGUUUAUCUUUGUGUCCUUGUGCUGCUGAGACUUGAUUUUUUUAGUAACGCCGAUGAAAAUCUAAUAAAAUCAGCAAAAUCAAACCUGUGUUUCUAAGAAUGUGUACAGAAUCUAAACUUAUGGAUUAUAAUUAAUAGUUUAAUACAGGCUAAGACUCUUUUGAGUAACAGCGUCAGGCUGUGCUGCUGAUCUUAGAUCUUUAAAAUCUUCCUGCACACACUACAGGAAUAAACGAUGAUAUAUCACCAUCCAUGUACAGUGAGUAGAUUUAAAAGAGGUCGUUUUGUUUGUGUUUCGACGUCGCUCUUUAUUAAAUGUGUUCCCUCUGGUCGUGUGUUUGCAGGGCAGAGCCUAGGCUACGGGUUCGUGAAUUACGUGGACCCGAAGGAUGCAGAAAAAGCCAUCAACACCCUAAAUGGCUUGAGACUUCAGACCAAAACCAUCAAGGUAAGAAGUGCCGCGUGUUUUUUUCCCCCUUUUCACAUCCGCUGACAGGCACGGACAUGUUCAUCCUUACCUCCAGAGUGCGACCUAAUCAGGCAGUCAUAUUUCACUCACCGAAAUCUGUUUCCAUUCAUGACCGGUAGCAGAAAAACCCCAGGACUUGCCGCUCAAGACCGGCUCUCAGGGCUGGAGUCGAGGUAUAAUGAGGCUGGAGAAAUGUGGGGUAGAAAGGGAGCCUAUUGUUAAUCUGGGCACAUGCAGCUCUGCUUGGGCCUCAAGUAGAGCAGAACUGUUUCUAUGGUUGCAUGUGCUGUAGCACUGCUGUAUGUCUUUACAGGGAGGUGGCUGCCAUUAGCAUUCAUCAGGCGGUGCAGCACUCAAUGUGCUGCUGGAAAACCUCAUUUGCUUCGUAUAGUGCUGCAGGAUUUGUGGAUGGUGGAGCCAGAUUAUGAGAUGUGAUAUUUUUGCUGUGGUCUUAGGAGGAGCGAGGCAGAUUCCUUCUCACAUCUGCAGAGGGGGGGCUUUGACUGAAAAUGUCUGUGAGCGAAAAACACAUUUAGUGAGAGAAAAUUCCUGUUUGAAUAGCGCCAAAUUGUGAGCUGCUCGCUUGGUUAUUUCUGUAUUUAAACGUUUGAAUAUUACAGCUGAAGAUGAGGCGUGUUAUGAGCCUUAGCUUUUCAUUCUCAUGAAUCAAACAGCACACAUCUUUUUCUCCUCACCUCAUUCUCAGUUCAUACCUCUGAAAGUAGAACAUGGCAACAUUUUUUUUUUCUUUUUUUUUUUUUUUUUUUUUAAAUAUCACACAUCCAAAAUCCUCUAGCCGCGCUGUCAGAAGUGCAAAUAAACCCAGCGAGGUAGAGGAAUAUACUUUGCAAACAUUAGCAUCAAAUGAAGUGUGAAGGUGAGACUGGGAUGGGAGGGAGGGAGAGAGGGAGAGAGGGAUGAGGAGAAGAAGAAGCGAGGGAGUAGCCCGGCUGUGGGCAGGGAGCUUUAGCUUUCACGUUCGCUUUGUCAGCCCUCCCUUCAGGGCAGGAGCGGGCCGAGAGUGAGAGAGGUGGGGCGACUGAGUAGAGCUCUUAUCGAUCCAGGAGCACAAAAAGGAAUCCUUUUUGAAGGUUUAAUUAAAGUGAGUAAAUCCUUUUCAUACGAUCCAUUGCAUAAGACUGCAGAGAAGGACCUGCUACAGGACAAUUUAAGGCUGUAAUUAAAUCCAGAGCUGCUGCUCUUCAGGUAAUUGACAGUAAAGAUAAGUUUUCCCUCUCUCCGUGUUAUUCCUCCUUUAAAUUCAGGCUGCUCAGGCUCCUUCUGCUUGAUAUUGUACAAGUGUCUCCAUGUCUGCAAAUGGGACGGUGUACUGGGAAAAAAAAUGACUUUAUGACUGCUGAGGGGUGUAAUGAUGUAUUGAUCCACAAGACCUGCUAGAUGACUCUCUGGUCUCUCUCUGUUUUCUAUUACCUGGCUGUGUUUAUGGACAAAUGUUGAUUUAUGCCGCAUAUUUAUCCGGCCGGGCGCCGAAGGCUCCCCGCACGUCUCUGGACUUUUAAGACGAUCCUGGACGAGAUUGUUUUUUUCGGAGGCAGCGGGCGGCCUUCCUCUGUUGUCUAAAGCUGUAUGUGGAAAUAAUGAAUUUAUUUUCAAAUGAGAGGUGUCUAGACGGGCCUGAUGCUGCAUCCAUCUCUGUCACAUUUCCAACCGAGAUGAUGGACAGAAAAUGCACCAGUUUAACCGUUUCUCUGGAGGACUGAUUCAUCGCUCCACAUAAAUAUGAUAAGAGGACAAAGAGGGCGUUUGCAGCAUAUGAACACGGUUUUGUAACGGCCUUGUAGUUAUGAAAAUGCUUUUAAUUUGUAGGAACAUCUAUUUGAACGUAGGUUUGCUCUACUUUGUCGGCGUCUUUGAGUCAAAGUUACACACAGGCCUUUAUUUGAGUCCAUUUUCUCAACUGCUGUCAUCACCAAUUAUAAGUUUCAGUCAUUCUAUUUUCUUUUUAUUCAUGCAACUUGAUGAAUAAAUGAUCAGAGCAUAUUGAAAUGAGGGUACACACGUUUCAUCUGUGAGCUACUUUUCUGUUAUUGUGAGUAGAAACGUACACAAACUCGUGCGCUCUGAGCCUAAAGAUGAAGUAAUCUCAUAAUAGGUUUAAAAAGGGUCACUAUGUUACCUUUGAAUGCAUGUAAGAUGAAAACAUGAAUUGCUGACGUCUUAGCGGCUGUCACAGUAACAUGCUUUCCUCAUGUCUCCACCUGCAGGUUUCCUACGCGCGUCCAAGCUCCGCCUCCAUCAGAGAUGCAAAUUUGUACGUCAGCGGCUUGCCAAAAACCAUGACUCAGAAAGAACUGGAGCAGCUCUUCUCUCAGUAUGGACGCAUCAUUACCUCACGCAUUCUGGUGGACCAGGUGACUGGUGAGUAGAACAUGAGGGCUGUCCUUUAUUUCCAUCCCCCCGUUGACUUCCUGAGCCUCACAGCCAUCAGCAGUGGUCCCAGGUCUCCAAAAACCUCAGGAGAUGGUUGAACAGUACCUCUCCUUUUUUUUUUGUCCAGUCUUCUCCCGCCUGCCUGUACCUAACGUCUCUCGCUUUCACUCGCUUUCUGUUCCAAUCCCCAAGGUGUGCAUGCAGCGCCUGUUUCAGGCAGGAGAGGAGGUGCACUAAGAGCAGUUAUAUUUCCCGUCUCUCCACUGUCGUGUGGAGCAGAACCCUCAUGAAACACUAAUCAACAGGAUCUUUCACAGAGACAUUUCCCGGCAGUUCAGUGCUGGGGAAACUCGUAAUAUUCCUCCAGGCGUGCACAGUGGGAGAGCUGGUCUUUGUUUUUCAAACAUAAAAUCUCGUGUUUCAGGAGAAUUCGCUCCGAGUGUUGCUUUUGUAUUAAUCGAGCUCUGGAAACUGAAACAUGAGAGAAGGGAAAAAUUGCUAAACAAAAUGUCGACUAUAAUCGCUGACGAAGUGAAAGGCUGCCUCUCUGUUUUAUGGUGUAAUUUUACCACGAUGGUUUCUCAGGGAGAAAACUUUAAAAAGAGUUUAGGAAAUGUGGAAAUGUUUUAAUCACCAGAAACUGUCAAAACACAUAAAAACAAACUAAAGAAAAAAAAUACACCGUGAACUGCUCGAGGUGAUGGAUAACUUUUACCUGGUCAACACGCUGAAGCUGAAGGUAAAUAAACAAAAAAGGAGUGACGUUGGAAUAAACCAACUGUAUCUGUUCGUGUAAAAGUCUAAAAACAUCCUUUUUUCUCUUCGUGAAAUAGCUAGAUUAACGUUAAAAACAAAUAAAUAAAACCAAAGUAUCUGCUAAUGUUAGCUUGUGGAUAAACGCUACCUAACGUGAGCCGUUUGAUUCAUUACACUCGCUCUUCUCCUUCACCUUUCUCUGCCGUCACAAUCUUCGCUCCUCUUCCUCCUGCUUCCUCAGACGAUGGGACUCUCUUCUGGUGCUCCGUAAAACAAACUCACCCUUUUCUCUCCCCGUUUUGCGCUGCUACACAUUUAUUUUGUGCUUUUAGUAUUUUAUUUUCUUACUUUUUGGUUUUAGUGUUUGUCCCGAAGCCUUUUCUUUGCGUUUCUUAUUUCAGAUCUGAUAAAUAAGAGAGCGGAGGUUCAUGCUGCACUUUUGUCUCUGACUGUUAUCAUACAUUUAAAAAGCUGUGAUUAUUACUAACAGUCUGUCAAUGUCCUCCCCUCAGGCGUCUCCAGAGGAGUCGGUUUCAUCCGUUUUGACCGUCGAGUCGAGGCGGAGGAGGCCAUUAAAGGUCUGAACUGUCAGAAGCCGCCAGGUGCCACCGAACCAAUCACGGUCAAGUUUGCGAACAACCCGAGCCAGAAGACCAGCCAGGCCCUGCUGUCCCAGCUGUAUCAGUCACCCAAUCGAAGGUACCCAGGACCCCUCGCACAGCAGGCACAACGCUUCAGGUAAAAGGGGCACACCAAAACAAACGGAGAAAAGAAAUCUGAUCAGAGUCUAGUUAAUACUGCUCGUGAUGUCUGAGGCGUUCUGAAAUUAGCAUUUAAAUAGUCUCACAGCAGUAUUCUGAACAUAUUCUGUGUUGGAGCUCAUCAAUACUCUGGACAGAAUAAUUCAUCCCCAUUUCACAUUUUCAACUUUGCUGUGUUCCUCCUGUUGCAGAUUUUGGCCUACGACACAUUUAAGCCGAUUUCUCACAAAUACAGAAGUGAGAUGAGUAAUACUCUGGUGGGUAAAAUUGUAGAUGGUCGUAUAAUUUUUGGCUGUUUCACGACCGUUUUUUGCCCGCUCUGGGCGAUAAGUGUGGAAAUGAGCCUGUGUAAAUAAUGAAAAAUCUGCAUAUUUCCAGCCCAACCUGCACUUUCUUUAGAAACUGUCAGUCUGCUGCUGCUGGCAGUGUUUGUGUAGGUUGAAUACCGAUAAACAAGUUCAGCCGGCAAGUUAAUAAGGACACCGUCUGGGGAAUCACCUGACUAUAAAUGAUAUCAGAAGUAUUACUCAUCUCUGUCAUCCUGUCAAAAAGCAUCAUCAGCCUCAUGGAAAGCUUUCUCUCUAAUCACGUUAAUGCAUCCGUGUGCUGCUGUCUGUGUUUCUUAGGUUGGACAAUCUGCUGAACAUGGCCUAUGGAGUCAAAAGGUAAAUAGAUUAUGUGCUUUAAUUGAUCCUGUGGGGAAUUCAGACCGAACAGGAGGGAGUUGAUGGGAGACGUUUUUUUCUCCUUUUGUUUAUUUUUUCCCGCAUGAGCUCUCAGCAACAUUGCGUAGGUAGUUAACACUGCAUAAGGUAGCCUUGAUUGAAUUCAAAGACGGCGCUUUUGUGUGUCUGCAUCGGCGUUCCCUCUACAAACAAACAAACAUACAUACAUAAUCCAGUCGGUGUCAGGCUGUUUGUUUUAACAGGAAGUGAGGAUGUAAAUAUUUAGCGUGUGUGUAGGGUGCAGGGAGGUAGACUUCGUGCAGCACAUGCUCCAAGAACAAACCUAACAAACGGUGUUGCUUAAGGUUUCUGCUCCUGGACGUAGACCGUGUCUGAUCUCUGUCUCAUGAAACAAAACUGAUCACUACUGCAGGGAAAAAUCAAUUAACAGAUUUUUGGGCAAUAAAACACUGAUAACACGGAUAAUAAGUCAAAGUUUGUUUAUCUAGAUAUAUUCUAAAGGAAAUCUGAAUAAGAUAUUUAAGAUAUUAAAACUUUAUUUUUUAGAUGCUUAAGGGGGGAGCUUUAUUCCUGGUGACGUCAUUCUUAUAGGGAAUAACUUUGUCACAGCUGCAACAAUCACAGUUGCAAUCUUUUAAAGAAAAAACACUUUCAGAGUUUUUAAAGCAAACUGAAAUAAAACUACAUUAAAAAUUUUAAUGAUUUUGCUAAACAUGCUUCAAGAUUAUUUUGCAGAAAUUGCAACGUUGAAAAACCGAAAUUGUAACACAGAAGUCGUAGUGUUUGUUUACAUUAGACUUGCAGAGUGAAGGUUUUAAUACAAGCUCAUUUUCUCAGGUUUUUUUACAGGCAGCCUGUGUGUUUGAUGGUCCCUCACUGCUGGGGUAACAGGCUUUUAAAGUUGACAAACUUCAUAUCAGUUAGAAAUGGAUUUAUAAGUAACAAUAUCUUUGAAAUAUUCACAGUUCUCAAAGGUAAAUAGUAGUUUGUAUUCUUGAUAAGACGAUCAUUACAAUGUUAUCGUUACUUAAGUUUUAAUGUAAGACAACUAUUACUUAUAUUUACUUAAGUUUUAAUGUAGAGAAAAGGCCCCAAAUUAAAACGUCACCUAAACUGACCCUGUCUGAACUAAAAGCUUUAUCACUAAAACACAGAAAUGACUUUUUAUUGUAUAAAAUGAAACCUUUAUUUGUUCAUGAAUAUCUGACUUUUUUAGGGUAUUUUACAGGUACUCAAUAGAAACUGGAGAACUGCAGUCCAAUAACAAUAACGAUAAUAAUGGUAUCGUGAUCAACAUCUUUUAAAAAUCUCAAACCUAUUUACUCUGCUCAACGUUUCUGUGUUUGGCUCCUGGGUCAACAUUUAGCAAAGUAGGCCACCACAUUCGGCUCUAAAAAUAAAAGGAGUGUCCCAAACCGAACAGCAGCGAAUGUUCGUCUAAAAACGAACAAGAACAACAAACAAACUUGUUGCACUGAAGUACGUUGUACCUCUAUAAUCCAUGAGAGUGUGUCCUGCCCUGCUGCAGAAACUCUUACACUCAGUCUGCACAGUCAGAAAGUAAUUCACCUUUAAGCACUUUUACAGGCAAUAUACAGACAUUUUAAAAAAGGACAUAAUUAAAGUUCUGCAAUAAAGACAAAGUCACACAGCUGUGUCAUUGAAGCACAUGAACCUGGAGCUUUUGGAUAAAAUAAGGUGGUGGUUUAAAACCAUAGACUGUAUAUAAAAUGGACAGCGUCUGCCUCCUCGCUGGGUGAAACCACCGUGAGAACAGCACCCUCUGUUGACCGGCUGCUGUAUAGGUCAUAAAUCCCGCCUCCGCCAGUAAAGCUUAUGGAGCUGUGGACAAACUUUAGAAAUUAAUCACACAGAAUAUAAAUUUUUCUCCCUCCUGCUUGUGAUGUUGACAUGUAGUUACUGUAAGACUGGUUUGUGCUCAACUCCUCUUUUUUUCUGUGAAGCUCCGUUUUUAAAAGUUAUUAGGGGGUUCAUGUUUUCUAUGAUUGACACCUGAUACAGUGUAUGGGCGACUGCGCUGCCAAAUGUGCGUAUCGCUACUGCGCAGCUCUGGUUUCAGGAAAUGAAGAAAAAUCCCAGAAAUAUCGAGAGCUAUUUGGCUUCAAAUCCGUAUGCAGGCGGGAGGCGGAACCAAGUUGUCCGUAGUAUAUACAGUCUAUGUUUAAAACACAGCGCCACCAUCCUGUGUGGAUGUGAAUCAGCGGGUUUUUAUUCUGCUGAGCAGGAACUGUAAAAACACUCUCUGUAAACCACCUGUCAUUUUCUAGACAGACCUCUAAUGUGUUUCCUGAGUGUUGGAUGAUAAACAUACUCCAACAUGCCGUAUAUACGGUUCAGAACACAAGCAGGUGGUGCUUUAAAUUUCAGUCAAAUGAAGUUGAAUGUGUCUCGGUCCGAAAUCAGGUUAGUGACAGUGAUGUGCUGAAGUGCUUUAAUCUCAGCAUUAUGUCACAACAUGUCUAGAUUAAAGCGUUGUCUCUGCUGCUUGUCUACAUAACAAAGGACAGAAUUCCUCCGUCUCUUACUUGCUAUUGCACAAAAUUGCAUACUUGUAUUUUGAGCUUCCUGCUCUUACCUUGAUCUAUUAUGGACAGCCCUGUCCUGUUUUAAACUUUGUUGCGUCAGACAGCUUUCAGGAUUCGCCAGGAUACCAGUUUGUCUAAGUUGAGUUUUAUAAGAAUGCCUUCCUCCAGUAUGAUUGAAGUCCAAUCCCCUGAAAGCUCAAAGGCCCAUCUCGGGCGACAAUAGACUUGUGAUUUUCUCUUCUGCCCGGCUCAUCGGCUGACGUCUUGGUUGCCAAAUCUCUCUGCGUGUCCUUGAUGCUGGAAGCACACCUGUCAUGGUGGAUGUUCCCUGAGAGGCCAACUGGAGCAGCUAAUCUUAUGUGACACCUGCUGCAAUAAUUCAUAGGCUUUCCAUGCACUUUGAAUUUUGUUUCAUCAAACUGUAAAACCACAUUUGCCAAAAGCCAAGGCUUCUGCGUGACUCUUUCUUUCAGCCCUGGCACAGGCUUCAGCCUUAAUGUGGUACUUAUUCUAAUUUGGCACUUUCUGUUCUUGGGUAAAUGGUUUUCGCUCCGGUUUUCGUGGGCACAAAAAGAGCAAAGGCAAGUGAAGAAAGCUUGAAGUUUUAUUUGAAGGUCUGGUAUGAGAACUGGUCUGUGACAGGUUCUCUUUUUUAAAGGCUGACAUCCUAAUGGCUCCGCUGAAGAAAACGUCUUUUCUCUGAUGAUCUGAUGAUUAAAAAAGGUUUUUUUGUGAGCAGAAGUCUGCAGGCACCUCUUAGUGGAGGAACACAAACACCGCUCCGUAGAGUCUCCAUACUUGUCAGACUUUGUUAGUCUUGUUUGCACGAUCCCAUGUCUUCUGAAAAUGCUGUUUUGUCCUCGUUUUGACUCUUGCCUUAAACUGUUACCUCUGUUCUCACAGCAGGUUCUCGCCCAUGGCCAUCGACGGGGUGACCAGCCUGGCUGGCAUCAACAUCCCGGGGCACGCGGGCACCGGCUGGUGUAUCUUCGUCUACAACCUGGCUCCCGACGCAGAUGAAAGCAUCCUGUGGCAGAUGUUUGGGCCGUUUGGUGCCGUCACAAACGUCAAGGUUAUCCGCGACUUCAACACAAACAAGUGCAAAGGAUUUGGUUUUGUCACCAUGACUAACUACGACGAGGCGGCGGUGGCCAUCGCCAGCUUGAACGGAUACCGCCUUGGGGACAGAGUGCUGCAAGUCUCGUUCAAAACCAACAAAACACACAAAGCCUAAACCCCACUGAGAUUGUUUCUAGAAAACUCAGCAGAAAACGGAAACAGAAAAUGGAAGCGCAUCGACCGUAACUUUCUACAUUAGUAAAAACAGCUUUGUAAAUCAGUGUUACGAAGAAAAACAAUAUUUAGCGUCCAACAAUGUGAUUUUUUUUUUUUUCUCUUCUUUUCAUUGCUACGCUUUGAAUCUUCUCAAUAUACUUUAAAACAAGAAAAAAAUCCUGCAGGUUCGACUGCCUGUGAUGUUGAAUUCUCUUGCUGUCCCUACAGAUGGACCAUCUAAAAACGUUACGAUAGGUUUUGUCAUUUUGUUGCACAUCUGCUUUGAAACAGUAAGUCUUGUACGGUUUUGUGUAGUGAUUUUCUUUGUAUUAAUCUGUGUCCUGAUUUUUUGCCUUAGGUGCGUUAUGCCUUCAGUGGUUAGCGAGUACUUCUUUUGAACUCUUUGCAGUUGAGUUGAUUUUGUAAGUAUUCCGUUCAUUGUAAUAUGAGUUGGUUAUUGGUUGGCUGCAUAAUGUUGCUUAUUGUAAAACUUAACGGAUAAAAGACAAAAAAAAAAUUCUUAAAGCAGUACCUUGCCAAAGAGCUAAGAACCUCUUUGAUGUGGGUUUAAAAAGCAUCUAUUUUUAUAAAAAGAAAAAUUUGGAGAAACUUUUUACUGGACCUGGAACAAAAUAUUUUGACUUGGAUACUUUGAGAAAUAUCUUCAUAUGACACCUUGUGAGCUUUUGAACUUUACAGGAAAGUUUGCAGUGGUUGAAAUUUCUGGGGAGAUUUAUGAUGUAAAAGAUACCUUUUGAGAUCUUUGUAUUAUCUUUAGAUUAUAGAAUCAAUGGCAGUGCUGGUUUCAUUUGUAAAAUCAUCUGUGGAUCCCCCCCGUCAUCCUGAUUGUAACGACUAGCGACUCGCUUUCCGACCCGAUUUGGAAACGAACAAAAACACAAAGGUUUAUUCGCUAAAUGUGCAUGCAAACUAAAACAAAAAGGGAGAAAUCUUUACCGGUAUGAGGGGGGAUCAAAAAUCAGUUCUUCCUAAAGGAUUCCCUUCAGAUGGAUCUCAUGGUGUUUGUGGUGUACCUACGAUAACUCAUUCGACUGAUUUUGUCUUAAUAUUGACCACUAAGGGUUUUUACAUACUUUGUAUGAAAGGUUGAAGACAAGCCAGUGAAGGCAGCAGCUUAAGAAAAACUAGUCAGAAGAAUAGAACGGAUUACUCCUGAGCUUUGAGCUAUGUAAAUAAGUCCUUUUUUAUGUUGAGUAUUUGCCAGACUUCUUUUGGUUUCUAGUUCGGACUUCAUCGGAAAGUGUGAUCUUAUAAAUAUUGUUUGUUUUUUCUUUUUUCUUUUUUACUUUUAUGGAGUAUGUAAGGUACUUUUAUUUUGAAUAUUUACCUUUUAAUUUUUAGGUUUGCCUUCAGUUUAAAAUACUUGAUUUGUUGUCCCAUGGACUAGCAUUACAGUGCAUCAAAUUUGUUGGUUGUUUGGUCUGUAGAUAGUCUUGCUUCGUAAAAAAACAAAGGUAUUAAGAAACUAUAGACAUAUGUUUUUGUUUUUUAUAUAUAAACAUUAUAGAUAUAUAUUUAUGUGGUAAAGAAUGGAUAUAAACCACAGUUUUGAACUAUUUGAUUAGUUUUUUUUCAUACUCAUAUAUAUACGUAAUGCAUAUAACCUGUCUUUAAAAUCGUAAAAAGGUGUAUAUUGCUUUAUUCACUUUGGGGGAAGGUCAGUGAAGCAGUUCCAUUUCGCUAAAUUUGGUUGCAAGAGUUUGUCCAACAUCGAACUCAUCUCGAACAAACAGACGGAGGCCGGUGGAGCCUCAGAUGCACUGAAAACUGCACCUGCAUCCUGCUUGGCAUUUAAACCAAUUACUAGUCAUGCUUCCCCUUAAAUGAGCAGUGUGCUAUGCAUUAUAUAAUUAUCUUUGCGACUGCUUUUUCUCGUUUCUCUAUUCCUUCUUUGUGUUACUUGUAAAAGUUAAAUUUAAGUCUAGAUGAGUCGUGAUACUUGCUGCUGUGGGGGUGGAGGCCUCGUUUUUCAUGCCCGACCAGCCGUUGUUAAAACGAUCUUUUCUUUUCUUAGCAAUUCUUUGGUCUUGAUAAAUUGUGCUGAUGGCCGGGCAUGAAAAAAGGGUCCUCUCCCACCCCUCUACUCUCAAUUCUUAAUAUGAGAAUGAUUAUUUAUUUGAAGUUGUAUAGUCUGACUCGGUUCACGGCAUUUUUGGAAUAGAAUAUCUUUUUGUUGAGUAUUUAAAAGGAUGUACAUGUUCUUUACUUUGUGUUUGGAUACUUUGGAUUUUUUCCAUGUUCAGUACAUCAAUAAAUAAGUUGAAGGGCAAUGAAGCUUUGUGAAUGGAUUCCCAUCUGUCCUUUUACAGACGCAUGCGGCAGGUAAAGGAAGUGUUUUCAUGUCAUUGUGAAGUGAAGUACAGUCCUGAAAUAUUUGUGCACUAACCCUCUUGAUUACAGUUAAACAAACACGGCAGAAAAAGGAGGAUAUGACACACGAGAAGUCUUUCUUCAACCGAAUCAUACACCUCGCAGCCUCUCCGACACUGUCAUUCCUCAAUUUCUGUCUUUUUCGGAGCACACAAUCAAAGUUUAUUGGGUUAUUGAUUAGUGAGUGCUCUGUAGCCAUGGUGACCAUGCUCUCUCCACUUGUUGAUGAAUAUUCUCUGGAGUAAAGUUGAAUUUCAGGCCGUAGGUUAGCUUUGUGUUUUCUUAUUUCGAAGGCAAAACCUGCGCAGCCGUUUAAACGCUUGUUUCAAGCUUCUUCAAAAUCCCGUCUCUUAAAUAAUCACAUCAGAUAAUGGGGUUAGAGUUCAGGCUCUGGCUGGGAUGUACCGUCACGAGGAGCAGCACAAAGCUUGAAGGAAAAAUCCUGAUAUAGAGUAUUGAUUUUUUUCUCUCUUUCCCUUUCUUUUUUUUUUUUUUAUCUCAUGCUCCACUUGAGGCAGACAGCCUCGCUGAAGAUGAAAUGGCCUGCUUUGAAGUGCGCUUCCCCACUGCGCCGCCACCUCACACUGCCCGACUGUCAUUUUUAGGGGCAUUGCAAGGACGCGGGCGGGAGCUGCUGAAGAAACCACUGUGCUUUUUUUUUUUGUGUGUGUGAAGAAAGAAAGCUUUUAAGUGUUCAUUGGUUCGAGUGUGAAAGGGAAAAAUGCAGCGGUUGCUGGGUUUAAUGAAAACAAUAUUUACGGCACGCUCAAUCAUGUCGUUUCUGAACUGUGUUUGGCUGGCGGAAGAUAAGGAGGCUAAUCUGUGCGCUGCAUAAAAAGCUUCCCCAGUCUCUGCGAUAUUUACUGUUCCAUUAGCCUGCAUGUUAGACCAGAAGUAAUCUUUCCUGACAGCAGUUUUCACUAUGAAAGGACUCAUUUUUGCACUUUGAAAGCAUCCUUAUGUCAAUGUUAAGGUUGCAUGGCAGUUCUCGGGUUUGUUGUUGCUUUACUGGAAACCGAUAUUGAUGUGAGGAGCUUUGGCUGAGUGACAGCCUGUUUGGUUCUUAUCUGGCAUGUUUGAGGCUCCUCUCCUGCUGAAACUGCUCUUAUCACGGCAGACGAGUUAUGUGAUUGGACGCUCUCUGGGUAUAUGUUGUGAUUACAUGCUGCUGGUUAAAAACAGGAUUAGACUCCAGCGGUUAAUGGCCAUCGCAGAUGAGUCGCUGUAAGUUGGUGUCACAUCCUCCUUGGUUGUUGGUCGUAAAGAAAACAGUUUCAGUCAGAAGGUUUUUCGCAGUGAUUCAUCCGAGUUUUGACUGGGGGUUGAAAAUUACUUUGACUCCUUUUCAGAAGCUUUGGACGAGCAGUCAAAAGAGGAAAGUCGAAGUGACAGAGAAGAGCCUUUUAACUUUGAAGAGGACACCAUAUUAUCCAGAGUGACGUCUCUCUCUGCUUGCAAUGCAAACGCUGAGAUACAGAAUUCUGAUCUGUUGGAUUCUGCCAAAUAAAAAGUAACCCACAUUUUAGAGAGACGACUGUAGCUGCUGCGAGAACGUGGUCCCCUCUUUGUGUUCACACAUGACCGGAGAGUUUAAACUCAGGCGCUGUGAACUCUUUACAUCUUUGCUACAUUUCUAAGUGUGUAGAUGAAGAUGAAGAAAAGGGUCACACAGAUGGUCCUCUCCAUUAUCAUGCCACCCAUUUCCUGCUCCCACCCUCUCAGCCCUCUUGCACUUGUGAAACCUAACACAUGGUAUGUAAUGGGACAGCAGAUAAAUAAAACAUGCUGUACAUUUUGUACAGAGCUGCUGAUGUCAGCAGGAGCACGUAAACAUAUUUGCAUAUGCUCUGUCUGCUGAUGUGAUUUAUGGCCCACCAGGUUUUCUAUUACUCUCAUUUAUAAUUUGCACCUUCCCUCCUGUUCACAUUCUGCUGUUUAGCUGGGCCACAAAGGCCUCUUUUUCACCUACCAGUUCUCCUCUUUUGUGGAGCUGAGAGCUUUGUAUUCAGGCAUUCGUGUUUGUAAAUCUUUGAAUACCAGUAUUUAGCAAAGUGACAAAUUUCUAGAUGUUGUGCUGUAAUUUAGCUUUAAAGAUAGGGGACAGUCUUUCAGGUUAAAUAUGAAUGAGUGAGGAGAAAUUAAACUGGACUCUUCUGGGCAGAAGUUAUUAAAUUAUUUACUAAUAAAGAGUUAAACUGAAAUGUAUGAACUCUGUUAGUGACAUUUCAAAUACAGCAGCUUUAGCUAAAUCGUAUGAACCCUGCAUUUUUAAAUUCCAUUCAAACAUUAAAGACAGAAUCUGAAGUUGUUUGAAACUCCGAAGCUGAUAGGCUAGCAGGUUGAGCAUUCAACAGUUUAAGACUGAAGUCCUUAUUUCAGCAGUCGCCUGUUCAAGUCCCAGUUUUGACCCUUUCCCCCUCAUGUUUGCUGUCUCUUUCCAGUUGUCCUGUCCAAAAAAAAUCAAUUAUUCCCCAAAAUAUAACUUAAAAACAACAAACUCCUUUAUAGAGAAAUGUUUCUGGAUUAAGGUCACAUUACAGAAAUUAACGGUGGCACAGUGGUGUGGCAGUUAGCGCUGUCUCCUCCCAACAUAAAGGUCCUGGGUUUGAAUCCGGGUCAGGGCAUUUCAUUGUGGAGUUUGUAUGUUCUCCCUGUGUCUGUGUGGGUUUACUCUGGGUGUGAGUGUGGAUGGUGAUUCAUCUCUAUGUGUCGGCCCUGUGAUGAACUGGUGACUUGUCCAGGGUGUCCCCUGUCUUUGCCCCAAGAUGGCUCCAGCAUUACAGAAAUUAGCUUUAAAAAAAAAAUUCUGAAUUUUUUUUUUAGAUUAAGAAAUAAUUCAUUCAUUUUAACACGUGAAUAAAGUUUUAGUAAAAUCAUAUAUAAAAUUGUAAACUUAGUCAAUGUUAGCAGGACAGUCUUGUUACUUAUUAUAGUGUGGCACUAAGGUCCCAAAACAUUAGCAACAGCUAAACAUGAUACUCAACACACAUUUUUGGCACAAGCAGCCGUCUACUCACCAUAAACAGAAACAAGGACCUACCCUAAUCCUUACCCAGUAUCCUGUCUUUUCCACCUCUUAUUUUGGUAAUAGUAUCACCUCUUUACGUUAGUAUAUGGUUUUGUUUUCUCUCAGCUUUAUUCUUGUGGGAAAAUUAUUUUCCUAGAACUUUUUUCUUAUGAGAAAAGUUUUAAUCUUAAUUUUAAAAAAGGAUUUUCUUUAAUGUGGCCCUACUGCUCAGAGAUAAGUAUUCAACAUCUUCCCUUUAUCUUUAUAAGAUUAUAAUCUUGCCAUUCAUUUCAUCCAGUUUCCUUUUGUAAUUUUUCUUUUCUAUCAAAUAUAAAGCUGUAAUAGUCUCAAACGAAAUCGUCUGCUUUUAUUUUUACUUUUUAUCAACCCUGUUUCCUCAAGCUUUAGCAACAACCUGGUGAUCCCCUACUUUGAAAUAAGAAAACAUCAGGAUUAAAAUGUGCAUUUAUACAUAUAUUUUUUGUAAAUGUUUGAGAAAUCUAAAAAACUUGACUCCUAAUUUCCUUAGUCACUCAAACUGUCAGAUAAAUGUGACACAGUAAAAGUUAAAGGGGAAAAAGAAGCAGUACCACCCUCUCCUCUGUGAUAUUUAGAGACAGGAUCUCUCUGCUCCGGCCCUGCAGGUUAAAACAGAUUGGUGUCACUCAUCUCCUUCUCCUCUGAUUCGACAGUGCUCUCUGUUUUGCACUGUUCGUCCUCUGCACGGCUCUGUCUUUCACCCGGCGAUGAAACGCUCUUGAGUUUUUGAAAUGAAAAGGCCUUUGAGCUGAUUGGGGUGGAGUGUUUGAAUCACGGCCCUUUCUGUGACUUGUGUAUGAUCCCUUUAAUGGCCCCGGUGUCACCGAUAAUUCACAGGUAAACCCACAAGUACCUCCUCUUUGUGUGAGCUUCUUCCAUUAAGAGCGGCCUGAAAUAUUCUUUUUAACAAGCGGUUACGAGGGGUUAGACAUGUUGCACCUGUCUGCAUGAAAGGAUAAGUGGUGAUCAGCGGCCCUUGUUGAUCGUUCUGAAAUUCAAAUGAGUCAAUUACAAAGUUAAAAACGGGGAAAUUGAGUUGAAGUAGCAUUUUUGACUAGCUUGAAAUUAAUUAAAUGUUAAGUUCAAAGGAAAUGGCCCUUUUUCAUGAAGUAGACAGAAAAGUGUCCCUCUCUUCUCACUACAGAGAGAGCUGCCACGGCGCGGUAUACAAUAUUGAAAGCUUCACUUUUGCAUCAUAUUUCCAUUUUUCAGACAUCAAAGCCGUUCAGCUGUAUAAAGGACCUUGUUCUGCUGCUUAUUCCUCGCCGUCCACGGUCAAACAUGUUCAGUGAUUGGAUUUAAGUUCUUACAUCACAAAUGGAGGGAGCUUGGCUUCGUACGCGGUUCUGUCAGAUCGACUCUGACUCCCAUCAACAAGGCAUCAUCUAUCUUUCCUAACGACUCCAAACAGGGCUCCACGUUACUCUCCCUAUGAGGCCUUGGCACCUCGGCUCCAUAAUGAGGCAGUGAAGAAAAGGGGCGCAGAUUAGAAUAACAGCCUUAACUAAUCCAUAACAGGCCGAUGAGGCGCCACGUUUGGGGGAACCGUGUCAUUUCUCAUUUUGCAGCGCCAUGGCAAAAUCUCUCCUCUCUUUUCUCUCUCUCUCUCUCUCUCUCUCGCUCCCCCCUACGCAAAAACAAGCCCCCAGAAUAGCAGCUGUGGCAAGCCGCCGGCACAAGGACGGCAAUCAACACGACAUAGCUUCUUUCCCUGUCUCUCUCUCUCCUCUUUUCUUUUUCUCAUCUCCCCGACAAUAGUGUGUGGAGAACAGAGAGGAAAUCCAUGCCCCUGACUGUUGACUUUGGAAAUCAAAGAGGAGUUUCAGCUCGGAUGAAACUACUGAGGACCGCAGCCCCGGUCUCAGGGACAGGGACUCUGUCUUUAGUGACGGGGCGCAAAAGUACUUCUUGAAACAGCGAGGGUUUUCAACAAGUCUUUUUAGAAAAUUGGUUCAUGUCUUCAAGCUGGGAGUGUUUAGCAGAGACCCCUGCUGGGCUGAAUUUACAGAUGGCAGCAUUCUCAUACAUUAUGAUGUUAAAAAAGUAUAAUUCAUGAUAAAGCUUUUGAACCUUUUAUACAAUACAACACGAAAGAAGUUUCUGGCUAAUGCUAAUGAACUACUUGUAACCUGUGGCUCAUGUCAACUCCUCAGUGGCAGUUUUAGUCCAAAGGGGUCCAAAUGUGAAACCCAAAUGGUGCAGAUAUAUACAGUAUGUAUUUUUUCGGCGAUUUUUGCCUUUUUCUGAUAGUACAGGGUAAUGAUCUGGCGCAGACUCGAACCUGCGACCGCUUAGGGGACCAUAGUCACCCUACAUUGGAUGCGCUAACCCACUCGACUGUCAACGUGUCGCUGUGCAAAUAUAUUUCCAGCACACGUUUUCACUACAAUUAAAAUUUAGAGCACUAAGAGUUGUCUUUUACCAAAACAACUCUUACAAAAACAAAUAGAUUACAGUAUCUUUGAGCUUUUCAGGAUAAAAUUUAAAGCACCUCUAUUGAGAAAAUCAAUCCUUGACUGAGAGACUGUUGUCGCAAUCUAUAACUUACACAACCAUGUUUGUUAAUGUUGUGUUUUAUAAAUUUGAUACAAUUUAAUCGGGGUGAAUGUAGAAGGACCCAGAUUAGACCCUUGGGGAACUCCUUUGAAGCACUAUUUUAAAUUAACUCAAUUAAUGACGUAACCAAUUAACCCAACCCCACUUAUGCAUGUUUUUGAGAUAUGGGAGGAAACUAGACUAAACCCACGCAGACACAGGGAGAACAUGCAAACUCCACACAGAAACGCCCUGACCCGGAUACGAACCCAGGACCUUCUUGCUGUGAGGUGAUAGUGCUAACCGCUACACUACUGUGCCACCCAGUUCAUAAUUUAGGUAUUUAAAUCUUUGUUGAUGUUAUAUUGUGUAAAUUUGAUAUGAUUUAACUUGAGGGAAACAGAAAAGGACCCA